AUGGCAACGGCGACGUAUCCUCCGCCGCCACCUUUUUACAGGCUUUACAAAGAUUACUUGCAAGAUCCUAAGUCUGCUCCCGAGCCUCCGCCGCCUAUUGAAGGGACUUACGUUUGUUUCGGAAGCAAUUACACGACUAGUGAUGUUCUACCAACCUUGGAAGAACAAGGGGUGCGCCAGCUCUAUUCUAAAGGGCCUAAUGUUGAUUUCAAGAAGGAGUUGAGGUCACUUAAUGGAGAGUUGCAACUACAUGUCUUGGAGCUUGCUGAUAUUCUUAUCGAGAGACCUUCACAGUAUGCAAGGAGAGUUGAAGAAAUUUCUACAGUAUUCAAAAAUUUACAUCACCUUUUAAAUUCAUUGCGUCCUCAUCAGGCGAGAGCAACAUUGAUUCACAUUUUGGAACUUCAGAUACAACGCCGGAAACAGGCAGUGGAGGACAUAAAGAGGAGUAGAGAAGAAGCACGACGGCUCCUUAACGAGUCCUUGGCAACACUUGAUGGCCAUUAG